AUGAAAAGAGUCUUCGGCGCUAAGAAAGACAAGGAACCGCCGCCGUCUAUUGAAGAUGCCUCCGAUAGGAUAAAUAAAAGAGGGGAUACGGUGGAUGAGAAGCUGAAGAAGCUGGAUGCUGAGUUGAAUAGGUACAAGGAACAGAUAAAAAAGACAAGGCCUGGCCCUGCUCAAGAAGCUAUUAAAGCUCGAGCCAUGAGGGUUCUUAAGCAAAAACGAAUGUAUGAAGGGCAACGUGAUAUGCUUUACAAUCAGACGUUCAACCUUGAUCAAGUUGCUUUUGCCUCUGAGGGUCUUAAAGAUGCUCAGCAAACUAUGUCAGCCCUGAAAUCUGCCAACAAGGAGCUGAAGGGAAUGAUGAAGACUGUGAAGAUUCAAGACAUCGACAACCUGCAAGAUGAGAUGAUGGACCUGAUGGAUGUUAGUAAUGAAAUUCAAGAGACCUUGGGCAGAAGCUAUAAUGUGCCUGAUGACAUCGAUGAGGAUGAACUCAUGGGUGAACUUGAUGCUCUGGAAGCAGACAUGGGAAGUGAAGCUGAUGGUGUUCCCUCCUAUCUUCAACCUGAUAAGGAGGAACCUGAUUUGGAUGCAGAGUUCAAUUUGCCUUCAGCACCCACCGGAAAUACAGCAGCACCAGCUGGCAGGUCCAAUGCCCAGGGUGAGGAUGAACUUGGUUUGCCUGCUGUCCCUCGAGCAUCUGUCCGCAGUUAGAUGAUCUACUACGAAGCUUUACUGCAUGCAUAUAGGAGGAAGGUGGAUGGAACAUGCCCUUGUAAACAUAUUGUGCAGAAUUAACUUCUAUUACUACUGUGAUUUAAUUGAUUUUAAUGGGUUGGGAUUUAUAAUAAGCAUUACUGCGUAAGGGUAAAAAUGGUUUUGAUGGGAAUAUUAAUGUUAUGAUCGCCAGGAUCACACUGCAUGAUGGAACCUUACUAUGAGUAAGUUAUAGGAAAUGUAGUAGGGUCGUCUUAUGGUGAAUAGGGUAUGUGGUUGACAAAUGAAAUAUUGAUGGAUUGCUUUAAUCUAUAUGUUUUUUGUUUGAGUGGUGAUUCUUGAAA